AUGGCAACAGAAGCGCCAGAGUCACACUCACGAAAUGAAGUUGAAUAUAUAGACGAGCUGUUUGCCAAGAAUAAGCCUGCCAUUAUGGUGUUGACAGAUCCGGAGUUCGAGAGCAGCGUGCUCAUCAGCUCCGACGAGGGUGCCAGUUACCAGAAGUACCGCCUCGCUUUCUACGUCCUGAGCCUUUUAUUCCACCCCGCUGAAGAGGACUGGGCCCUAGCCUACAGUCAUGACCAGAAGUUGUACAGUUCAUUGGACUUUGGAAGAAAAUGGCAGCUCAUCCACGAACGCGUCACGCCGAACAGAUUCUACUGGUCUGUCUCCGGACUCGACAAGGAGCCAGAUCUGGUCCACAUGGAGGCUCAUACACCAGAUGGAAAUGUGCAGUACGUCACGUGCAGAGCUCCGAUGUGCACAGAAGCUAACAGGAACUACCCAUUCCCUGGAUACAUCGACAUCAGCUCUUUGGUGGUUCAAGAUGACUACAUAUUCAUACAGGUUCCUACAUCAGGACGAGCCUCCUAUUAUGUGUCCUACAAGAGAGACUCAUUUAUUCAAAUCAAACUACCCAAAUAUUCGCUGCCUAAGGAUUUACACAUUGUCAGCACCGAUGAGAAGCAGGUCUUUGCGGCGGUGCAGGAGUGGAACCAGAACGACACCUAUAACCUCUACCUGUCUGAUACCAGAGGGAUCUACUUCACCUUGGCCAUGGAAAAUGUCAAGACCACUAGGGGCAUCGGAGGGAACCAGAUGCUGGAUCUGUAUGAGGUGGCAGGAAUUAAAGGCAUGUUGAUUGCUAACAAGAGGCAGGACAACCAGGUCAAGACCUACGUGACCUACAACAAAGGCCGGGAUUGGAGGCUGCUGCAGGCUCCUGCAGCUAACCUGGAUGGAAACGAAAUUCACUGCAUACUUCCUUUCUGUUCGCUCCAUCUCCAGCUGCAAAUGUCAGAGAACCCUUACUUGUCAGGAACAAUCUCCACCAAGAGUUCUGCACCGGGGAUCAUAGUUGCCACGGGAAACAUCGGAACAGAGCUGUCUUACAACAACGUUGGGAUGUAUAUAUCUUCUGAUGCUGGCAAUAGUUGGAGACAGAUUUUUGAAGAGGAGCACAAUGUGUGGUUUCUGGACAAAGGAGGAGCCCUCAUUGCUGUCAAACAGCCAUCUGUGCCAACCAGACACUUGUGGGUCAGCUUUGACGAGGGGAGGCAGUGGACCCAACACAGCUUCUCCUUGGUGCCUCUGUUCGUGGAUGGAGUCUUGGUGGAGGCUGGGGCCGAGAACCAGAUCAUGACAUUUUUUGGACACUUCAGCCAUCGUUCUGAAUGGCAGCUCAUCAAGAUAGACUACAAGUCCAUCUUUAGCAGGAAAUGCACCGAUGAAGACUAUGAAACCUGGCACCUGCACAACCAGGGUGAGCCCUGCGUGAUGGGACAAAAACAGAUGUACAGGAAGCGCAGGCCUGGAAACUACUGCAUGCUGGGAAAGGACUACUCCAGAAUCCUCUCAGCUGAGUCCUGUAUUUGUCGAGCUCAUGACUUUGAAUGUGAUUAUGGAUAUGAGCGGCGCGGCGACGGGAACUGCCGGCCUGCCUUCUGGUUCAACCCCUCCACUGUCUCCAGAAGCUGCACCCAGGGUCAAAAUUACCUCAACAGCACAGGUUACCGUAAAGUGGUGUUGAACAACUGCACUAAAGGAGUUAAAGAAAUGUACACGGCCAGAAAGCAGCAGUGCCCCAACAGGCCUCCUAAAGGACUCUUGCUGACAACCAAAGACGGCAAACUCACCGCCAACCUGGGCAGCAACGUCACCUUCCUGGUUCAUCUAGAUGAGGGUGACUCUAUGCGCACCAACAUCCAGCUGGAUUUCGGCGAUGGCACAGCCGUGUCCUACUCCAACCUGAGCUGGACCGAGGAGGGGAUCAAACACGUGUACAAGUCUGCCGGAAUAUUCCGUGUCACGGCGUUGGCGGACAACACGCUGGGUUCUGACACUACAACUCUCUUCCUGCAUGUCACAUGUCCAGUGGAGCACGUCCAGCUUCUCUCUCCCUUCGUAGUCAUAAAGAACAAGGAGGUGAACAUCACAGCAGUGGUCUUACCCAGCCACCCACGGACCGUUACUUACUUCUGGUGGCUAGGCAACAAUACUGAGCCCGUGAUAACAUUGGACGGGAGUAUUUCACACACCUUCUCCAUGGACGGAAUGCACACCAUCACAGUCCAGGUGGCUGCAGCCAAUACCAUACUGCAGGACACCAAGACCAUAGCAGUCAAAGAAUUCUUCAAAUCGCUACUUUUAUCUUUCUCCCCUAAUCUGGACGAGUUCAACCCCGACAUACCCGAGUGGAGACAGGAUGUGGGGAGGGUAAUUAAGAAGGCUCUGCUCCAAGUGUCCGACUUCCCGGAGGGGCAGCUCUUGGUAGCCGUAUUCCCAGGAGUUCCAACAGCUGCUGAGCUCUUCCUGUUACCUCACAAGAACCAAUCAGAGGGCAGAAAAAAGAGUGACGAGGAGCUAGAGCAGGUAUCCAAUACAAUUGUAAGCGCGCUGAACCAAAACUUGGUGGAGUUCGAGGUCAAGCCUGGCAUAAGGGUGAUUGUGUACAACACACAGUUAACACUGGCACCCUUGGUGGACUCCAACCCCAGACACAGCAGCUCAGCUAUGCUCAUGCUCCUAUCAAUGGUGUUCCUGGGCCUAGCAGUGUUCCUCAUCUAUAAAUUCAAGAGAAAAAUACCUUGGAUCAACAUAUACGCUGAGGUGAACCAGGAGAAAGAGCAGGAGAUGAUUGGCUCGGUGGGCCAGGGUGACAGCACGCCUAAAAUCACUCUGAGUGAGUUCUCCACAUCCAAAGAACUCAUGGAGAAAGAACUGGAUGCCAGGGUCAAAAGGGGAGUUGGAAAUGCCUGCGAGAGCACAAGGGAGAUACCAAACUGUACUAGCGUGUAAAACCAGAGAGCAACAGUUCAUGUACAGAGCAAAGUAUUACAGUGUCGGGGGUUCUCUUUUUCUGUUUUGUAAUUCUCAACACAACUGAUGUUAAUAGUUUUCUAAGGGACCUCAUUUAUACAGACUUGCACGGAUGCCUCGUUCAAAAACAUCCAUGCAGCAAAUGUCAAUUUGCUCAAUAAGAUCAUUGUAAUUACUGGCAAGACUUAUUCUGUUUUGUGGAUGUAUAAGCUACAUAACAACAUUGAUUUGCAGAGUGAAAUAUCUUUCGUCAAAACCCAUCAAGAGUUAUGUAAAUUUCCUAAAGAGUUUGCUUCGAAUAUCAUUUCUGCCUAUAUAUAGACUAUAACGUCUGAGUCUUCAAUCAAACAGGGAAUAUUGUUGAAAUGUACGAUAUUAUCAUCUGUUCUGUUAAAUGUAUAUAUUAUUACUUUCUACAUGCCCGUAGUCUGAGUACCAUGGCGAAGACACAGGAUCUGACAAUGAUCUGUUAUUGAAAGUGUGUUUAAAAAGUCAAACAUUACUUAAAGAAAUCAACUUUGUUUUGCUAAGGUCCUUGACUUGUGCAUGUUCUUAUUGAGGACGCAAUUUCCGUGUUGUAGAUAAGCAAGUGUUGUAAAUAGUUAUUUUCUAAUCAUUCGUCAAAAAAGUCCAAUCGAUUUUGCCCAGACUUUUGUUGUGCUCUCAUUUUCUUCAGUUGUUGUUGGGCGAUAUGUAUCUAGUAGAACGGGUUUAUAGAACUGUAUUGGCUUAUUAGAGAUUUAACUUUCAACCAUUUCCCUAGAAAUGAAAUGAAAAAGACCAACGUAAACAUAUUCAUAUUCAAUGUGUUUAUAUUUUCAUUCGGCAUAUACAAUAGAUAUUCAGACAUUUUUACACAGAUGACAGUUUUUAAAACUAUAUGAACAUUGGCAUCAUUGCAUUACGUUCCGCCUCUAGGACAAUGGCUCUGAUAGUUCUGAUUUGGGCUCAGAACAAAGGCUUAAUCACGUAUUAUGAAUAGUUAUUCUAUUGUGGACACCAGUGAUCAAAUUCACAAUAUUCACAUGAUGGGAGAACCAUAAUGACAUUUAUUCCAAAGUAUACAACGAGAUAGAUCUGGCCAGGCAAUUUGAUUGGUCAUUUAGACAUUUAGAACGUGUUAAAAUCAGCAUGAUAGCACACCCAGAGCCGUUUGAGCACACCAUCUUCAUCACUACAAAUAUUACUCCACCAUUUCCAUGUCAACAUUCCAGAGUUGAAUCAAAAACUGUUUCUGAAACAUUUAUAUUCAUCAGGAACCAACCACCAAUUUAGGAACCAAAGUGGAACACACAGAAGCUCUCCAAAAUAUUCAUAUAAAGUGAUUCAUGCUACAUGUGAAGUUCGCGGAGCUAAAUCGAUUAACUUUUUUUUUUGGAUUAUUAUUACUUCAAACUUUUUCAGCAGAUAUCAAAGUGACAACAAGAUUGAGCUAGCCAAGCAGUUUUGUGUUCAUAUGUGUGGUAUUUAUUCAGUUUGGGAAACACCACAAUGUCUACAAAGCUAACGUUAGCUUAAGUUGGCGUGUUAGCUAAACAGGGAGGGACUAGAACAUUUUUAUUUUGCCUCACAAUAUGAAUCCAGUUUGAUUAUAACCCUUUAUUUUGUUGGUAACCGUUAAUGUAUAAACGCAAUA